CGCUCGGCGGCAGCGGCGGUGGCGCUUCCCGCCGCCUGGGCUUCGGAAACUUCCCGGCCGCGACGCGCGGAGCCGGCGCAGGAAGCCGAGCGGAUCGGGGGGGUGAGCGGAGGUGAGCGGAGUUCCUUGGGAUAGAUUCCCAGAAGUGGCCAGACGGUGGAGAUUUCUUCCUAGCUCUGGAUGCAUAUGACCAAGUUAAUUUCCAGAGGGGCCAUACACAUAGAGCGACGGGCGGAUUUCGCGGCAUCCUUGGCAGCGCUGGGAGUACUCAAUUUGAGAACAUUUUGCCAGUGUAACAGCGCCGGCGGUCCGACGUGCCAGGAGCCGCGAGCCCAUGGAGGGUCUGGGCCGCUCGUGCCUGUGGCUGCGGAGGGAGCUGUCGCCCCCGCGGCCUCGGCUGCUGCUCCUGGACUGCCGAAGCCGCGAGCUCUACGAGGCGGCGCGCAUUGGCGGGGCGCUGAGCGUCGCCCUGCCCGGGCUGCUGCUGCGCCGCCUGCGGCGGGGGAGCCUGUCGGUUCGCGCGCUCCUGCCCGGGCCGCCGCUGCAGCCGCCCCCGCCCGCCCCGGUGCUCCUGUACGACCAGGGCGGGGGCCGGCACCGGCGCGGGGAGGCGGAGGCCGAGGAGUGGGAGGCCGAUUCGGUGCUGGGCACCCUGCUCCAGAAGCUGCGAGAGGAAGGCUACCUGGCAUACUACCUACAGGGCGGCUUCAGCAGAUUCCAGGCAGAGUGCCCCCACCUGUGUGAGACCAGCCUCAGCAGCCGUGGUGGCCCAAGCACAGCCCCGGUGCCCAGCCCAGUGGUGGGGCUGGGCGGCCUGUGCCUGGGCUCUGACUGCUCUGAUGCAGAAUCCGAGCCUGACCGCGACUCCAUGAGCUGUGGCCUGGAUUCAGAGGGUGCCACCCCGCCCCCGGCGGGGCUGCUGCCAUCCUUCCCUGUCCAGAUCCUGCCCAACCUCUACCUGGGCUGUGCCCGGGAUUCAGCCAACGUGGACAGCUUGGCCAAGCUGGGCAUCCGCUACAUCCUCAACGUCACCCCCAACCUCCCUAACCUCUUCGAGAAGAACGGUGACUUUCACUACAAGCAGAUCCCCAUCUCAGACCACUGGAGCCAGAACUUGUCCCAGUUCUUUCCUGAGGCCAUUGCGUUCAUUGAUGAGGCCUUGUCCCAGAACCGCGGGGUGCUCGUUCACUGCCUGGCCGGCGUCAGCCGCUCUGUCACCGUCACCGUGGCCUACCUCAUGCAGAAGCGCCACCUCUCACUCAACGAUGCCUAUGACCUGGUCAAGCGGAAGAAGUCUAACAUCUCACCCAACUUCAACUUCAUGGGGCAACUGCUGGACUUCGAGCGUAGCCUUCGGCUGGAGGAGAGGCGCACCCGGGAGCGCAGUAGCGGGGGGCAGGAGUCCGCGGCCUCUGACCCACCCUCCUUCUUCACCACCCCCACCAGCGAUGGUGUCUUCGAGCUGGAUCCCACAUAGGCGCCCCCCCCCCGUUCCAGCCCCCAGUGGGUGCCCCUGACCACCCAUGUGCUGGGGGGAGGUGGGAGGGGGCUCAGCCGGAAGCAGGGCGGGAGGGGGGGGAGAGCGCAAUACCUCAGGGGAGGGCUGUUGGGAAGAGGCCGGAGCCAGGAGCCCCUCCCGAGCGGCCACACGGGGAAAGACCUGUCCUACCCACUUGAAACAUCCGCGGGAAUCCUAUUAAAUGUGCCUAUAAGCCGGGCCCAGGGCCACCAGCCUGACCCGCGCCGCUUGCGGGCGGAACCACGCUCCAGAACCUGCCUCUUCUGUGACUGUUACUUUUUCCUUUGGGGGGAAGGCGG